AUUAUGUUACAGAGGUGCUUGAUUUUAUUGGCUUUACGACUGUCCACAGCUUAUGAAAAUACUGCAUUAUUGAAACCUGCCUGGCAAGCGCAUCCUUAUCACGGGGUUUUGGGUGUUGCCGGUGAUGCUGUAGAUGGUGGGAAAACUAACCUAUCUUAUUGGGGAGGACAUUGUACUUCAUCUAAUGGUAAUCAGCAUACAGCCACAUGGUGGGUCAACCUUAGCAGUGUCCUCAGUGUACAUCAUAUCACGAUAUUUUACAGGACGGAAAAUAAAGAGUCGGAUUAUAGGAAGUAUUUUGCACCAAGAUUUCUUGGAUUUUACGUUUUCGUAUCCAACACAACCAACAGACUAGAUGGUCAUCUGUGUUUCCACGACACGAACUACACAAACUUCACCAUACCGGCCGUGGUCAACAUAUCCUGUCCAGUACACGGACAAUAUGUUAUUUAUUACAGUGAAAGACUCUCAGGGACUACAUAUCCUCUUGGUUAUUCUUCUCACGCGUUCAAUGACCUCUGUGAAGUCGAGGUUUACGGUUGUGCUGUACCCGGUCACUAUGGACUUAACUGUUCUGUGACUUGUCCUGAUACAAACUGUCGAUACUGUCACAUAGAGACUGGAGCCUGUCAGGGAUGUAAACCUGGAUACCAGGGACAUCAGUGUGAACUACCAUGCAGUCCUCACUAUUAUGGGGAAGUAUGUAAUGAGACCUGUGGUAACUGUAGUGACAGGCUCACUUGUAACAAUGUAGAUGGAACGUGUACAAACGGAUGUGACGUCGGUGUGUACGGAGACAAAUGCAAAACACCUUGUCCUGUCGGUUGGUACGGGAAGAACUGCUCUCUAAUGUGCACUAAUUGUGACACGUGUAACAGAUUCACAGGACAAUGUACAUCUCCCUGUUACCCAGGCUGGAAGGGACCACAUUGCACUGAAGAAUGUGACGGGAGGAAAUAUGGAGUUAACUGUAGUCAUAACUGUGGAGCCUGUCUAGAAUAUAAGCAAUGUCACCACAUAAACGGAUCUUGUCUAAAAGGAUGUGAUUCCGGAUUUGAAGGAUAUCUUUGUGAUACUGAAUGCUCUUCUGGGAAAUUCGGAAAGAACUGUGAGCAAAAUUGUUCGGAUAAUUGUGAGGGCGAUCCCAAACUUUGUAACGGAACAACAGGAGAAUGUGUGGAUGGAUGUCGCCCGGGCUAUGAUGGGCUGCGAUGUGACAGAGAAUGUUCUGUGCAAAGGUAUGGUGAGAAUUGUAACCAGACCUGUGGAAAAUGCAGGGGCAGUAAGAGAUGUCAUCAUGUGAAUGGGACCUGCUUCACUGGAUGUGACAAAGGGUUUUGGGGAAAUUUUUGCAACGAAGGGUGUAAACCACAGUACCAUGGAUAUGACUGUGCAGAUAACUGCAGUACAACAUGCGUCAAUCAAACCUGUGAUUCAAUUGACGGAAAGUGUUUCAGAGAGCGGACGGUACAAGAAAAGAAAGUCACACCUGAAGAUAACAAUCUAGUGCCUAUCAUAGGUGGUGUCGUCGGCGUGUUAUUAGCUUGUUUACUGGUUGUUGUAAUAUUUUUGGUGCUGAGAAGAUAUAGAUCACAGGGACAAGGAAUGAAGACACAGAGAGCCAUGUUAUCCAAAAAAGACAACUUUCAAGAAGAUUUUAGCAGUCUUGAAGAAAGCCAUCCAUCUUCUUCCAAACACCGAGAAAACGUAUACAUGAAUUCAGAAAUCAAGAAACCACAAAUAAGUCCAAAGAAGAGCUACGAGGCUGAGGUUGAUGAGGACGAGCUGAUUCACUCAGAAAAUCCUUACGGAGACGCGUACUUGAAUGAGAUGACCAUACCAGAUAUAGCUUUAAAUCGGCUGGAGUCGGUAAUAGCGGAGAAAAGAAAAGAUAAUAAUGACGGAUUCCAGCAAGAGUACGCUACUUUGCCAUAUGGAGAGCAGUAUUCAUGUGAAGCUGGAAAGAAGGGAGGGAAUAUCGUUAAGAAUAGAUUUAAAACAACAUUUCCAUAUGACCAUUCAAGAGUAAUCCUGAAAACGGGAGCGGAUUACAUCAAUGCCAAUUACAUAGAGGGAGCCGAAAGAGAUAGAGAAUACAUCGCAUCACAGGGACCUAAACCAAACACUGUGGGUGACUUCUGGAACAUGGUUUGGCAGGAGAAUGUCUCUGUUAUUGUAAUGGUGACAAAUCUAAAGGAAGGAAAUAGGAAUAAAUGUGCAAAGUACUGGCCAGACCCAGACAAACACAUCGGAUACGGAAAUGUUUCCGUGAAAAUGAUUGAAGAAAAACAUUACGCGUUCUACACUGUGCGUAAAUUGACCAUGAUUCACAAAGAGACGAAGAAGACGCGCUUCCUGACGCAAUAUCAAUAUACGUCCUGGCCUGAUCAUGGAACUCCUGAUCCCCUUUGUCUCGUGGUAUUCCAUAAUCACGUGACCAGAACAAGGACCAAUCAGAUUAACUCUCCGGUCGUCGUACACUGCAGCGCUGGCAUAGGUCGAACUGGAACAUACAUUGCGUUAGACAUCCUGGAACAGCUAGGAAGAAAGAGGGGAAAGGUGAACGUCGCAGAAUGUGUUAAAAGGAUGAGAGAAAACAGAAUGAACAUGGUCCAGACCUACGAACAGUACAUCACAAUAUUUCUUGCGUUAUAUGAAAUAGUCAAAUCUCCGAUUAAAAGCAUGACAGCAACAGAGUUUGCUGCUUGGGCUGAAACCAUGACUACCGAUAAACCAGCAAAUCAGAGCGUGCUGCGGGAGGAAUUUCAGCAUUUAAUGACCAUUCGACCCACUUACACCGCUCUUGACUACACAAUAGCCAAAGAACGCCAAGGAGACAUUUACAGCAAUGCUAUAUUACCAUUGGACAGAUAUAGUAUUUAUCUCUCGUCUGCUGUACCCAACCGUGGAAGUUUCAUCAACGCCAUUUCUGUACCAUCGUAUACAAACAGUAAGGGAUUCAUAGUGACGGAGUUCCCACAGACAGAGGAUGCUGUGGACUUCCUGCGUCUCCUGGUGGACCACGAAUCGGACACUGUAAUAUGUAUAAAUCCACUCAAAGACAUUGGAUCGACUGAGGCAUGGUUUCCACAUCCCUCCUUUUCGAAGUCCCUUCCCCCGUACACGGUUCACUGUCAUUCAAAGUCCGGAUCUGACGUCAUCAGCACUACUAUCCACAUCCUUCACAGUGAAGAUGAGAUUCACCAAGCUACAAUCUUCGAACCUAAGAUCAAUACAUUCGGCUCUUCUCCAGAUACCUCCCAACUCCGCAGUCUGGUGGCCGCCGCUCUGAGUGUGAAUACAGAAAAUCCUACCACGAUCGUUAGCAGCGAUGGUGCUUCCCUGUGUGGAGUUUUCUGCGCCGUCCACAACGUGAUUCAGCAGAUCGCCCUGGAUGAUGCCGUCGAUGUGUUUACAGCCGUACGUCAGCUUCACAUCAGAAGACCGGAACUUUGUGCAAACCUCGAUGAGUACAGCCUGGUCGUCAAAGCAGUUUCUGAUCACGUUCAAAACUCCGCCGAAAACAUUUACUCGAACCAGUAGAGCAUUAAACCACGGUAGCGGGUGGGAUUUUUUUAGCGGAGUAGAUCACGAAAUUGUCAAAGUUGCGAUGGACCGACAUUUUGUUUACUAGAAAUGCUUGUCUGUAUUCCAUUUUAUCAGAUGAAUCGUUUGUCUUUUUCUAUACUGUGAUAACCAAAGUAGCAGUCAUUAUGAUAUUAGUAUCCUAGACUUUAGUAAUGAAUACUCAAAGCAAAGUUUUAAUAUGCUCAAAUAUAUUAAACAGAUGUUCAUUUAAUUAACAGGGUGUGUUACAUUUGUAAUAUUUCGUACAUAACUAGCAUUACACAUGUAGAAUGAUAACUUUACAGUGUGGUGAUAUGUAUAUCCAUAUAUGCUAAUUUGUCUAAAUACAGGGUUUGGGUUUUUUCCACAUGCGAUAAAGCUAACUGUUUAAUAUCCGUGCCAACCCUAGCCUCGAGGUCUGAUACGGAUUCUGCAAACUAGAUAAUGUUAUAGUUACAAUGUUAAGUUGUUACCGUAUGUCUGUGACAAACAUCAAAGUUUUUGGUGUUUGGCUGCAGUUAUUUGAUGGACAUUAUCAUUAUUAUUAUUGUUUGGCUUCAUAUGAAAAUAUGUUAUGUAUUUUAUUUCUAAGCAUGUACUACAUACAUGCCCUCGGAUUGAUAUUGUUGUCUGGGACUGAUACAGGGUGUGAUAUUGGUGUCUGGGACUGAUACAGGGUGUGAUAUUGGUGUCUGGGACUGAUACAGGGUGUGAUAUUGGUGUCUGGGACUGAUACAGGGUGUGAUAUUGGUGUCUGGGACUGAUACAGGGUGUGAUAUUGGUGUCUGGGACUGAUACAGGGUGUGAUAUUGGUGUAUGGGGCUGAUACAGGGUGUGAUAUCGGUGUCUAGGACUGAUACAGGGUGUGAUAUGGAAAAGACAUAUUUAUGAUUAUAUAUCUACUAAACCAACAUAUACAUAUACCCGGUUAUUAUUAUUUCGCUGUUUUGUCUUUUUAGUGUUUUGCUUUUAUUUGCUAGUUUUGGGGGUUUUGGGGGUUUGUUUUUUUUUCAUUUCUGUCCAAUCUAUCGUUAUGCAUGUAUUUUUAUAUUCUUCAAUUUUACCUGUAAACAUGAUAUAUAGCAGCAUUUUGGUUUAGAUAUUUUGGUUAUGGAUUUUCAACAUUUUUACGAGGGUUGAUGCAAAGGUUGGUGGAACACACACACACACACACACACACACACACACCGGAAUUUUAUUGUGAUUAGACAACGACAUAGAAUAUACAUAGUUAUGAAGUAGAGAUUGUAUCUACAGUUAAAUAUGAAUACAAAAAAUUUACAACUUUAUGACAAUAUUUAUAUAGUCACACAAGCAGUUUGAAAAGGGUAUGUUGUGAAAUCACGGGAAGUUUUUGACGUGAAGUGCAUGACGGUAACAGCUGUCAUGUUGGUGUCGAUGAUAAUUUUUGUUGUGAAAUAGUGAUUUAUUUACUAGCUCAAUGACAGAAAAAUUAGGUAUAUCAACUUUUGUUAUUAAUAUUUCCGUUAGAAAAUCUAUUCAGAGGCUCUGAACAAAGCAAAAUUACAUUAUUUUCAUCCUGUACAAAAAAUUCUAUUUAUAAAGCUAUAUUUAUAUUCAGUAGAAUCAAAAUCUUUAUUUUGAUAAAAUCUUAAACUUAGUUUUAAUUUCAUCAAUGAUCAUGGUUAAAGUUACAUACCAAACUACCAUAAUAGCACAGUUUUACAGCAAAAUAAAAUUUUCAGAUACAGAACUAAUAUAAUAUUGCUUUAAAUGUCGCGUCAUAUCCCACUGUUUUUAACCUUGCAACAAAAAUCAAAUCUUUCGAGAUAGUAUCUGCCUAUUUCUGUUCAUAGUUUUAUGGCGUUUCACCCCUGUGUCAUACACGUAUGUGUCCUUAUACCUCUGAGAAUCAAUUGCAAACUCCGAAACAAAUACCUGUGCUGCAGCGCAAAGAUCAUCGCUUUUCAAACCGCAAACCUUUUCCUUCACCUUUUCACUGGUUGAUUUUCAAUGUUUUUAAUGAUGUCAUAUUAGACGUGGACGCACAAAUAGAAUAACUAAAUAAUCAAUAAAUCCGACGGAACCUGCACUCAACGUUUUGUUGUACGAACAAUCUUCAUGUAUAUUAUGACCUCCGUUUGGUUUUACAUUACUUUUCGGCUGUUCUUUUUUUAUACUUCAGAAAUAGCCGCAAUACUAACAAAAUAAGAAUGACAUAAAACCUCCCCCGCAUUUCACAUCCAUUUCUAUGGUAACUCUGUCAACGCGGCACUGUCCGAAAUUUUUACAAUUUUUUUUUUUUUUUACAUUUUACAAAUUAACUCAGAACAUUAUCAUGUAUUACUAUCUCUUUUGAGAAUAUAACAACCCAAUGAAUAAAUAAACAAACAAGAAAUGUGGAUCAGCCCUCGUAUUUGUUACCUAAUUACGUCAAUUCAUUGAGCUGAUGUAUCUGAUAUAUUUGCUAUAUCUUACACUUGUACGACGAUCUUCAACAAAAUUUGAGAUAUCCAGUGGUUUGAUAAAUCAGAACUUGUUAAAUUUUGUUGAAAUGACUUUAUCAAUAUGUUUCCAUUUGUCAUUUGAUACAUAACACUUACUUACCUACACUAUAAAUAAAUAUCACGCUGUACUA